UGAAUAAACUUUCUAGAUUUUAUCCGGUUAAAAAUUGAUUUCUCGAAGCAUCGGUUUGGCAUCGGUUUAGCAGACACUACUCUGCUCCUCUGGCGCUACGGAACGUGUACAUGGUUUCUUGUUUCUUAUAGCCUUUAUAGCUCAUAGUAGGUUUGGGACCAUAACCAUUUUUUGCAAGUUAGAAUAUUCUUUCUGUGUAUAAAUAGGGGUAUUGUAGUAUGAGUUUUAAUAUACAGAAAACCAUUUUUGAAAAGCUCUCUCGCCCUGCUUUUACAUAUCAAAAUGGUAUCAGAGAUUUAACCUUGUUCUUCAUCUCCUUCAUCGCUUCGCUCUCUCUUCUUCACCCUUUUUCUGCGUUUUUUUUUCUCCUUCUGAAACAUGGAGACGCCUUCUUCAACCCAGAUUUCUUCCUCUGAGCCCUCUGCUACCGAGAACCCACAUCCACCUAGCCAUGACCCUUAUUCUAAUCCCCUUUUUCUUCACCCUGCUGAUUCUUCGAGCCUAACCCUUGUUUCUGAGAAACUUUUGGGUGAGCAAAAUUUCAAUCUCUGGUCUCGAGCUGUCAUUAAAGCUCUGACAACGAAGAACAAACUUGGGUUUCUCUAUGGUCAUGUCCCUAAACCUGCCGCAGACCAUGCUGAUUCUGGGGCUUGGUCACGAUGCAACGCUCUUGUUGCUACCUGGCUCACCAACUCCGUUUCUCCUGACAUCGCGAGCUUGAUCUUGUUUCUCGAUGAUACCCAAAUCAUUUGGGAAACCUUGGAAACAAGAUUCAAACAGAGCAACGUUUCUAAGAUAUUUAAUGUCGAGCAACGGAUCGAUUCUCUGCGCCAAGGUCCUCUAGAUCUGAACUCCUUCUUCACUAAACUUCAUGGUCUGUGGGAAGAGCUCAAGAACUAUGAGCCAUAUCCCCUGUGUUCUUGCGGAGGUUGCUCAUGCCAGGCGAACGCCAAACUCAUAGAGAUCAUUGAGCGCCGUAACGUUGUUAAGUUCCUCAUGAAGCUGAACGAUUCCUACACUCAGGCUCGCCGACAUAUUCUCAUGCUCGACCCACUGCCCAGCCUUACCAAGGUAUACAACCUUCUCUCUCAGGAAGAACACCAUCAUCACUCUAUCCCGCAUCCCUCAGAACCUGUUGCUUUUCAGGCUACCUCAUUUUCUUUCAAACCUAAACCUUCUUUUCCCAGAUCCACCAUCACCAAACCCCGACCUCAGUGCACUCACUGUGGUCUACUGGGUCAUACCAUUAACCGUUGCUACAAGCUUCACGGUUACCCACAAUCUUCUCGCUCCUCCCCUUCAUCUUUCUUUCCGAGCCCAAACACUAAACCACCCUUGCUACCUACCCCAAAAUACACCCCCUCUGUUAACCUGGUAACCAAACCACCAGCAACCUCUGCAUCAUCUCUCACCCCUGUCUCUGACCCUUUGGCACAAGCCCAGGUUCUGUUCGAUCAGUUUCAGUCGCAGCUCAAGCAACUUGGUGCCUCUCCAUCGGAUUCAGCUCUGACAGUCCCCUCCACCACCACUAAUCCUUCUUCUUCCUCAGGACCCUACGCGGGGCUUGACGAUUGGGAAGGGUAAUCAGAUCAACAACCUCUACACCUUGGCGGCACAGGACACUUCCUCUGCUGCAUCUAU